UACGGCUGUGGUGUUGCCGUGCUGCUGCGUCGGCUCUGAGUUUCGUGGCGGUGGUGGUACCUGUAGAGCACUCUUGCAUCCUCAUGGCCCGUCGACGCAAGCUGCCGCACGCCACCAUCGUUGGCGUGCUGUCCGCAGCAGCUUGCCUGCUGCCGGCCGCGUUGGGAGCCCAGUCGGCAGACUCCAAGUACGAUUCCGGGACAACCAUGUUUAGUCCCAAGGGCCGCUUGUACCAAGUCGAGUACGCUGCAGAGGCGGUAGCCCGAGCGAGACCCGCGGUUGGAAUCUGUACAGACGAAGGCGUUGUACUGUGCUCCCUCAAGACGAUACGCAACAAGCGGCUCCAGGUGGGGGACCAGCGCGUCAAGACCAGCCGCGUGGACUCGCACAUCGUGUGCACCUCCGCCGGUCUCACUGCCGACGCCAUGGUGCUCGUCAAAGAUUGCAGGGUAUCUGCCCAGCAGCACUCCUUGACGUUUCAGGAGCCUAUCCCGGUCCAGAAGCUGGCUGCCCACGUCGCGGACGUGAAGCAGGUGUGUAAGCCACGUCCACGACCAUCGCUCGCCCUCCCGAUGCGACCACGGUGUUGAUGAUCUUCAUCGCCACGCGCCCCCCC